GAUCGGUCAAUUUCCCUCGAGCUGUUAAUUUAAGAUCUAUUCUAAAUCUGAUAUGGCCCUGGAUAAAAUUCUACUCAUCGUGAGCCAGUUUCUGCUAUAUGGAAACACAAUCAAUGUCAAGUUUUUUCCAUGCGAUGCUGAUGUGAAUUCCACCACAGUGGACUGCUCCGACAGACCUAUCAAGCACGUCCCGUUCAUUAAGGCUACAUCUGUGUUGUCGGUCAACUUGAGUGGGACUAAGAUACAAGCAGUGAUGAAUCACGCUUUUGCUGGCGUCCCAAAUCUUGGCGUUCUGAAAAUAAUAGGCAAUUGUCAACCAGGUCAGCUAAGACUCCCUAAGCAGCAAGGGUGCAAAAUGGAAAUUGAGCCCUAUGCCUUCAAGGACCUUAAGAACCUUACAUAUCUCUAUCUGUCAGGAAACAGCCUGACAUCUAUACCACGAUUACCUGAAAACUUGCUGUUUCUUGAUUUACAGUACAAUUGUAUCUUCAACAUAUUUGCCCCUUUAAGUGCUCCAAACCUUGAGACGUUGUUGCUUUCCAAGAACUGCUUUUACGCCAACCCCUGCAACCAGUCUUUUUACAUAAAUGCAACAGUUUUUAAAGAGCUGCCUAAACUCAAAAACCUUACACUAGGGUAUGAUAAUGUAACUGCUGUCCCUAAAGAACUACCACGCUCGCUGAAGGCGCUAGAUUUAAGAGAGAAUACAAUCACAGAGGUCCUACCAGGAGCGUUUGCCAACCUGACCGCCCUCGAGUAUCUGAAUUUAGAGUGGAACUGUCAGCGCUGUGACCAUGCAGCAAGGCCCUGCUUUCCUUGCCCACAAAAUCGCCCACUCCAGUUGCAUCCAAACUCGCUGUAUUCUGAAAACAGCUCCAUCACUUUUCUGAGCUUAAGGGGAAAUUCUCUAAAGACAUUUCCAGACGGCCUUUUUCGGUCGUUGAAGAAUUUAAAAGGACUGGACAUCUCAGACAAUCUCCUGGCAUUUUCUAUACAAAAUGGCACCUUUUUUAGAGAGCUGACAGGCCUCACUUGGAUCAGCCUCAUCUAUAACUAUGAACCACUAAAGACUUUUCGAAAACUGGAUCUCUCUCCAUAUAUUGGAAACAUAUCUGGUCUGCAAUAUCUUUUGCUGAGUGGAAAUUUUUUUCAUACUAUUUCAGAAGAAGGUUUUGAUGUUUUGUCUAAACUCAAAAAUCUAACAAAACUAGAACUGAGGAUGAACUUUAUUAGUUCAUGCAAUCUGACUUCUUUGAAUCAGCUGCCUUCUCUCACUGCUAUUGACCUCUCCCAAAACGUGUUGAAUUUCCUUCCAUGCUGUUCUGGGUUUUCUAGAACUGUGGCAACAGACAGCUGUCAGAAUCAGAACAUAUAUCCAGGUCAUUUCCAAGACACACCUCCUUUAAUACCAGACAGACAAGCAACAACUAGAAGCAACAUUUGGGAAUCUGACCAAUCUAACGUGCCAGAAACAACGGAAGGCAGUGAGUGUGGCAUGACAUCCUUAUUGAGCUUUAAAAAUAGGUAUUGUAGACAUAAACUAACUUUUGACCUUUCUCAGAAUGAAAUCUCUAUACUUAAUAAAAAAGUGUUUUUAGGCAUGGAAAAUGCAGUUUGUUUAGACCUUUCUUACAACUACAUGAGCCAGACAUUGAGGGGUGGGCUGUUCAACAACAUGACAAAUUUAGUCUUUCUCAACAUGUCCUUCAAUAGGCUUGACCUUUAUCACAAAGAGGCUUUCAGUGAACUUCAAUCCACACUCAAGGUAUUGGAUGUCAGUAACAAUGACUUUCACUUCAAGAUGAGAGGCAUGGGCCACCGUUUGGAGUUUCUUCAAAAUCUGACUAACCUGGAAGUGCUGAGUCUAGCUAACAAUGGGAUCGGGAUGCGGAUAGAUCAAAGGCUGAUCAGCAGGUCCUUGCAGUACCUCUACUUCAAUGGUAAUCAUCUGGACAUCAUGUGGAACGCUGACUUCAACAAAUACACCCAUUUCUUUCAGAACCUAACAACGUUGAAAUUCUUGGACAUCUCCAGCAAUAACCUAAAGUCUGUGUCAGCAGAAGUGCUGUCCAACCUCCCAGCAAGCCUUCAGAGCCUCCGCAUCAGCAGCAAUUCCCUGAAGAGUUUUCCCUGGCAAAACAUUACAGCUCUGAGCAGUUUAUGUCACCUGGAUCUAAGCCACAACAGCCUGAAUAAUUUGGUUCCACAGGAAAUACAAUUUGGAGACCAUUUUUCCUUUCUGGACCUGAGUCACAAUCAUCUUACCUCGAUUCCUGACAGUUUCUUUAAUAAAGCAAAGUCUUUGCAGCAUCUCUACCUCAGUCACAAUCAGAUCAAAGAAUUGAACCAUCAGCAACUCCCUGCGCCCUUUCGAAAUGGCAGUGCCCUUCAGAAACUCACCCUGCAUGAGAACCCCUUUAAAUGUGACUGUAACACUUCAUGGUUUGCUGUGUACUUGCGGACUACCCCAGUAAACAUUCCUUAUCUGACAACACGAGUGCGCUGUGAAUACCCAGAGUCUCAACAAGGUGUGAUUCUUCUGUCCAUAGACCAACAUUCCUGCCAGGACAUAUAUGGCAGCUUAGCCUUCCUCAUCUCUUCCUUCUUAGCUGUGACAUUUACCGUUCUUCCUCUGCUGAAGCAUCUCUAUGGGUGGGAUGUGUGGUACCUCUUGCAGGUACUGUGGGCAGGACUGAAAGGCUACUCCCAGCUGCAUGGUGUUGAUUCGGAUCAUCACUAUGAUGCUUUUGUGGUGUUUGACACCAGAAAUCCUGCUGUGAGGGACUGGGUUUAUAAUGAGCUGACUGUUAAUUUGGAAGACUCUGGCCACAGAAGAUUUUCUCUCUGCUUGGAAGAGAGGGACUGGAUACCUGGGCUUUCAUGUAUCGAUAAUCUACACAGCGCUGUUCACAGCAGCGUGAAGACAGUGUUUGUACUCUCCAGGAGUUCGAAUGGAACCGAGAUGGUCAACGGUGUGAUCCGACAGGCUUUCUUCAUGGUUCAGCAGAGGCUUCUCGACGAGAAGGUUGAUGCAGCUGUUCUUGUUCUUUUGGACGAAAUGUUUCCGAAACUGAAAUACCUUCAACUGAGAAAGAGACUGUGCAGGAAGUCUGUGCUGACCUGGCCAAGAAACCCAAAAGCUCAACCCCUUUUUUGGAACCAGAUGAGAAUGGCACUGUCAUCAGAUAACCUUAAAUUUUAUGACACUAACAUGAGUGAAAGUUUUAUAUGACCGUUGGUUAACUAAAAGAGUUAAUGUCCUGGAAAAUAAAAUUUGCCCCCUUCGGGAUUUUCUCUGUUUUAGCUUUUUAGUCACACAAAUGUUUCAGAUCAUUAAACUAAUUUUAAUAUCAAACAAAGAUACUAUGGGUAAAUGAAUAAUAAAAAAAAGUUCAGUUAUUGAUGAAGAAGGUGAUGAAGACAAACCUGUUACUAAAUGAAAAAAAUAUUUUCCCCUAAACCUAAAAUCUGGUUGUGUCAGCCUAUUCAGCAACGACUGGGGUCAAGCAUUUGAAAUAACGUAUAAUGACUUUUUAAAUCUCUGUAGAUGGAAUUGUAUCCAAUGUCUUUUGUAGAAUUGUUUGAUUUUGCCACAUUAGAGGUUUCAAGAAUGAAUUCCUUAUUUAAGGUCAUCCCACAAUGUGUCAAUUGGAUGUAUGUCCAGACUUUGACUGGGCCACUCCAAAGCCUUCAUUAAGUUUAUUAUUAUUAUUAUUUUUUUUUUUUCAUUUUAUUUUAAUAAGCAAUCUAGAGGUGGGCUUUCUGGUGUACUAAACAUUAUUGUUCCGCCAACUAGCCUUAGUUUGCUUGAAACAUAUUCCUUCAGGAUUUUCUCUUAGAGAGCAGAGUUUAUGGUUUCAUCAAUUAUGUCCUCCAGGUCUUGAAAAAGGCAAAGCAGCUCCAUCACACCACAUCUAUCAUGUGUGACAUGUUUUAUAAUGUAAUAUUCUUUUUCUAGAAUACUGUAUAUUUUUUCCAAUUUUUUUAAUUUUUUUUGGUCAGACCACAGAAUCUUUUUCCAAAGUCAUAUAAUAGAAUAAAGAUGUUUUUGGUAAAUGAUCAGAUCUGUUUUAAUUUUUUUGCACUCAUUAAAUUAAAUCUCAAUUUCAAAAUUGGCUUUUUUAUUCACUAAGAUUUGUUUUGUUGGAUAUAAUAAUGUGAUUUGGUGAAGUGUGACAACAAUAGUAAUAAUCAAAUAAUUUUGUAAAGGAGCAAAUACUUUUUCACAGCACAGUAUUGUAGAAUUCAUACAUUUCUAUCUGACUUCAUUUUUGACAAACUGACCGUUUCAUUAAUGUUGUUUUGUUUAUUUUACUUGUAUGUAUUUAAGGUUUUGGAACUCAGCUCAGCUGCACAGAAAAACGGUUUAUUCCUUGUAACGGUUUUGAGUUGUCAUGGAAGGCUGAACACAGGUGUGAUUGCGUAGUUUAGGUAAAUCAUAGAAUUAUAAACCUACACAAAUAAAUAGACAUGUUUAUCACCCUAUACCUCAGUUUUAUUUAAGACAUCUAAGCUUUGUUUGUAGUAACAAGUCUGUAUCUCUGCUGUAAUGUUAAAUGUUUAAAGCUAUUCUGAUUCACUAAAAAUUCCAAUCUUAUGGUUUCUGGUUUUUAUUACUUUCAUUGAUUUAUAUCUAAUCUUACUGAACAUGGGUUGAAGAACAAGUGCUGUGGAUGUAAUUAAAGUUCAGUUAUUAUACUGUA